AUGAAGAAGAUGUUCUCCUGUUCCACCUCGCAGGUCGCGGUCGAGAGCUGGAACAAACACGACCAGAAGCUUUUCGAAGCCGUCGAGAAGGGGGACGUGGGCCGAGUUGCCGUCCUGGCUUCCAGAAAGACCGCGAGACCCACCAAGCUCAACGCCCUUGGCCAAUCUGCGUUCCAUCUGGCAGCUUCCAAAGGGCUCACCGAAUGCCUGACCAUCCUGCUGUCUCAUGGGGCCGAAGUCAAUGAGAAGAAUGACGACGGCAGCACAGCGUUGCACCUGGCCACCAUCGCCUGCCAGCCCCAGUGCGUGAAGGUUCUGCUGCAGCACGGUGCCAACGAGGACUGCGUGGAUGGGGAGAACCGCACCCCCCUACACUGGGCCGCCUCGUCAGGGUGUGCAUCCAGCGUCUUGCUCCUGUGCGACCAGGAGGCCUUCCUGGAUGUCACCGAUAACAACGGACGCACGCCCCUGAUGAUAGCGGCCGUGGGGAACCACCCCACCAUCUGCUGCCAGCUGCUCCAGAGAGGGGCCAGCGGCGACCUCACCGACAAGGACCAGAAGACUGCUCUGAUCCUGGCCUGUGAGAGCUCCAGUGUGGAGUCCGCCGAGCUGCUGGUAAGCAGCGGGGUGGACCUCAGCGUGGUGGACAGGAUGGGUCACGACGCCCUGCACUACGCCCUGCAGUCCCAGAGCCGCCCGCUGAGGAGGCUGCUGCGAAGUGCCCUGAAGAAGAGGAAGAGAAGAGGUGAGAGUAACUGGCAGAUCCUCUGUCACUCGAAGUCUUUCCAUCAAGAUCGGACCACGUCAGUAACGCAGCCAGAGGUCCGGGGCCUGUUACAGGGGCGGGUGGGCCAGGACCUUGGCCACGUCACAGCUGUUGUCAUUGGGGAUGAUCCGUUACCCACCUUACUAGCUGAAUUCCUGCUUGUGCAGAGCUGGGAUAUCCAGAAGGCAGGGGCUGCCGGGGGGCAAGGCAGCUCGCCACUCUGCGCUACGGAGAGCUUUAAAAUUUCAUCCAGUGUUUUUAUUUUUCCCCUGGCAGAGCACGGACCCGGCCGUCAAACAGGAGUCACUGCACAGGUGACCGCCGAACCACUGGAGCGCAGCAGCAGCAGCACAACCUUGCAGAGUGAGGUAGGCGGAGACGCCGAUGGGGAUGAAGAGGAUCUCGACGCCGAGGAGUGGAGGUGUCGGUACGAAGACGAGCAGACGAAGGUCCUGCAGUUGGAGGAGCAGCUAGUGAGGAAGGCGAAGGAGUGUGAUGCCCUGGUGGAAGGGUGCAAGGUGAUGAAGGAGAGGAUCUGGGACCAGGUGCAGGAGAUAAGCCAGCUGUUGCCGGAGAGGGCAGAUGAGGGCCGGCGGGUGCUGAGCCGCCGAUACAGCCGGGACACCACAGAAGAGGACUAUUACCUGAACCUUUUGGCUGAACAAGUGCAAGAGCUGAAGAAGAGACAGCAAGAGGCAGGGAGAGGAGGAAGCCAGAACGUAGCAGUGAAGGAAGAGAGGAUACAGUGGCCGGGGGAGGAGGAAGAGGAGGAGAAGAGACACCAUCAGGAGGAGCUGCAGCGGCUCCAGGCCGAAGUGGCCACGGCCCUGGAGGGGAAGGAGAGUGCGACGAAGAGGGUGGUGGAGAUCGAAGGCCAUCUGGAGAACAUGAGGGCGGUGAUCGCCGUCUACGAGGCCAAGAAGCGGGCCCACGGCGAGGCACUGGAGCAGCUGCAAGCGCGUGUCGCUGAGCUCGAUGGCGACAACCAACGGCUACGCGGGCUGCUGGGAAAGCAGCAGGGAGAAAGCCAGAAGGCGGGAAGGCAGGAGGUGGAUCAGAGAGGGCCCAGAGCCGCUCUCCAUGCUGAGCUAGGCCAGAUCCUGUCAUGGAUGAGGGAGACAGCUGACAGAGCACAGGAGGAGAAGGCCGCGGUCCUCGCUGAAAACGAGGCUCUGAAGAGGGAAGCAGAGGAGGCCCUUGGGGGCAAAUUUCACCUCGAGGCGGUGCCAUCAGAAGCCAUCAGGAAGAGCGUGGCCUCUUGGGAGAAGAUGGUGAUGGGCUUAGAACGUGCUCUGGCCAAGAUGGAUGAGGCCAACUCCAGCCUCCUGGAGAAAGCCAGGCCUCUUCAGGAAGCCAUCUCAGCCCCUCAGAGCAAGCAGGAAUCAGGGGUCUUGGUAAACGGCAUGGUGGCUUCCCAGCUCCAGGAGCUGAGAAAUGGCCUGGAGCAGCAUGAGGAGGAGAGCAAUGUCUUUAGAGAUGAGGCUGAGUCUCCACUGAGGCAACCUCAAUCCCCGGAGGAGCUGGAGAAGGGCAGGAUGGAAAAGAACCCGCUCCAAGAUGGCCCCCAUGGGCAACUCAGACCUAGGCUGAGGAAUGAUUCUGUGGAAACCAAGGGCCAGGCCAGGAGGAGAAGCUCUGACCUAGAGAAAGAGGUGUCGGACCUCAGACAGAACAACGGCAACCUCAUGAACGAGCUGGCCCAGUUGGGCCAGGAGAGGGAGAAGCUACAAGAUGAGCUCCAGCGUCUCUGGCAGCACCAGAAGGAGGGGUCCCCCCAAGGAGAGGCGCAGAGCCUGGUGGAGGAGCUGAGGCAGAGAGUGGCCGCCUUGUCCCGGGAGCUGUCAGCCGAGAAGGAAGAGACCAAGAAGCUGAGGCUAAGGCUAGAGACCCAGAAGAGGGAGAUGGUGGUGCUGAGGGACAGUUUCCUCAAGCAGAUGAUGGGAGAGGCCAACAGCGUGGGAAGCCAGAGUCUCAGCACCUGCAUCUUGGAGGAGCUGCACUGGAAACUGGACAACCUGGUGAAGAAGCAUAAUGAGGCCCUGCAGCUGGUGUCGGAGAUAGAAGAGGAGAGCCAGGUGCUUGUGGGCGACCAGGCUCCUGCCGUGCAGUGCGAGGCUAUCGAUGCCUCCGUUGGGGGCGAGAAAAGCCCUCAAAACCACGGUGUCCAGGCCCUCGGUCAGGAAGCGCCCGAGACCUUAGAGAUCGUUGGCGGAGAGCUGGUGCUUGAACCCUGGCGUUGGGUGAACGAGCUGGAGAGAGAUCUGUGGGAGCUGAAGGAGGAGCUAGAGGCAGCUCAGGCCACCCUGGGCGGUGAAAGCCACGACGUGACCAAGCUGAAGCAGAUGCUCGACCGACUGCCCGUGAAGGUGGCAGAGUUGUGCUCGGAGGAGGAGGAGACCCUGCGGAUGCACGAGAAGGCCUGGAGCUCCCUGGCGCUCCAGACUCAGGCUCUGGAAGAGGAGUUGCGAGCCCUUCAGGAGAAGCAUGAGGAGGUGAGGGGGAAGUCCGCCCAGCGGGAAGAGGCCCUGGCCGCAGAGAAGCAUAAGAACAAGGACCUGCUGGCCAAGAUGGCGGAGCAGGAGAAGGAAGCAGGAGAGCUGAGGGGGAAGUCGGAGCAGCUGGAGAGAACCAUCCAGAAGCUGAACAAGAAGGUGGAGGAGCUCUCCAGGACCUGCCAGGACAAAGAAGGGAAGAUUAAAAAGCUGCUGAAGGAGACGGAGAAGCUUUCGGCAGAGAUCUUGGCCCUGCGCAGCGAGAGUGCUCGUCUCCAGCUGCAGCUAGAGGUUAAGGAAAAAAAUCACCAGGAGAUUGUUACUAUCUACAGAACUCAUCUGCUCAAUGCAGCCCAGGGGUUCAUGGAUGAAGAAGUUCACUCGAUGCUGCUCCGAAUCCUGAGGGCGAAGGAGGAAUGAGCUUUGCCCUCCUCUUCCCGGGAACUAGGAUCUUUCUUCUGUGCAAGAACAUUCCAGGUAACGCCAGGAGGAGACUGGAGGGCCGAGCCCGCACCUUUCCAGCAGCGAGGAUAGCGCUCGAGGAACCAGCUGGGACCACGUCUGCCACCCCAC